UAUCUUACAAACACUAUGAUCUUUGAGUGUGUCGGAAAUCGGAGGGAGCGAUGAACGGCGAAUGUUUACAUUGGAAUUGAAGUUGAUGUAAUGUUUUGUACCACGAUAACUCCCAUUUCGGCCGGGUUGUUAUGGUUCAGAUUUUGUUGUUGAACAGUGAUUGGGUGUUGUGUUCUACAUAGUACAACGAGCUGCUGAGAUGGCCAAUUCUACAAAAGCUUCCAAGGCUGAUGAUGCUAAAGAGCCCAUUCCUAAGACACUGGGAAGCUCUCCUUAUAGUGAUGCAGUGUAUCAUGAGCUGUCGAGGUUAAACGGCCAGGUUAAUAGAAUGAACAAGCAGACACUAAUACAGAAAAUGAGGAGCCUACGACUGAGCACAGAAGGAUCAACAGAUGUUCUAAAAAAGCGCCUGAAGAAUUAUUAUAAGAAAAGGAAGCUGGCUACAAUCAAUGUGACUUCUUCUCAUAAACUUUACCCAUAUUAUGUGAUUGUAGAUUUUGAAGCUACGUGUGAAGAAGUAAAUCCACCAGAUUAUCCGCAUGAAAUAAUAGAGUUCCCAGCAGUACUGGUAAAUUCAGAAAAGCAAGAAAUUGAGGAUUGUUUUCAGUCAUAUUGUAGGCCAACUGUAAAAUCAACACUGUCUAAAUUUUGCACUGAAUUGACGGGAAUCACUCAGGAGCAAGUUGACAAAGCUGAAACAUUUCCAGAAGUUCUGUCACGUUUUGAAGCUUGGCUGGUGAAACAUGGACUUGGAACGAAGUACAAGUAUGCCAUCGUGACAGAUGGGCCUUGGGAUAUGGGGAGGUUUCUGUAUGGCCAAUGCCAGCUCUCUGGCAUACCGUACCCAAGUUUUGGCAAAAAAUGGAUAAAUAUUAGAAAGACAUUCAGCAAUUUCUACAAAAGUAAAAGGUAUUGCCUGAAGAUGAUGAUUGAUCACCUAGAAAUUGGAUUUGAAGGAAGGCCUCACUGUGGUAUUGAUGAUGCUAGAAACAUAGCUAGAGUGCUGAUACACCUAAUUGCAGAUGGUGCGAAUGUGCACAUUAAUGAACGUAUACAUUUAACAGCAGGUCAUAAUAAAAUGAAAGUUGUCACUGAGGAUGGGAACCAGUCAGAAAGAAGAGUGCUCUCAGUGAAGGAAACUGAAGCAGCCAAGGACACAAUGAAGUGGCAGGUAACUGCAAAGUUCCUGGAGAAAACCAAAGAUUUAAACUCAGUAGAAUGUGAGGACACAACUGGAGAAGAAAUUGCUGAUCUUAGUACAGACUUUUCCACGUGUCACAUAAGUCAAUCGUCAGAUGACUGCAGUUCAUGAUGCGAUGCAAGAGGAUAUAUUUUUAUAGCUGCCAUAGCUCCUCUGGCAACUGCAGUUGUGUUUUACCUUUAUUCGCAGUGGGUGUUGUGAAGAAGACAAGACUGGUGUGAUGUGCUAUUUGAGUUGUACAGUACAAUUGACUAUGUUUGUACAGAGAAAAAUGUUUUUUCAAUUCUUGUUACUUUAUUCUUCCUGUAAUACAAUUUUAUUGAAAUCUGUGUUUCAUAAAAUGGAUGCUUCUGUUGAA